AGGGGAGCGAGAGCAAAGAAAAAAGGCAUCCCCACUCCUAGUCAUACUAUUAGUUUAUAUGGACAUGGUGCCUGUUAUCACGUAAGAAACCAGAUGAGACGUACCCUGUAACACUUUGAAGAUUGUGGAGGAAAAAAAAUCCUAAUUUGACACAAAUAAGGGCAUCGCUGACGGUUGAGGAAAACCUGGACCACAGUGAACUAAGAAAUCUUUUUUUUUCUGUACCAGGAAAAGUACGGCGCUCGGCUAUGUUGCCAUUAACAGUAAAACAGGUUGCACGGUGAGAGUAACUGCGCUCUGUUCUGAUGCGGAAUAACUGCAUGGACCCUCUUGUCCACAGGAACAUAACGUGUGUGCGGAUCACCUGAUUCUGUUUGUUGAAGAGGAUUGCAGACAGCCGCAGUACGUGUGUUCUUCUGAGAAUUCCUAACAGCAGAGUUAGAUGGCAAAACCCAGUAUUUAAUUGAUAGACGGUGCGCUGCCAUCUCAACCAACAUUUAUCUUCCCCACCGUUGCUCUCUUUUGGAACACAACAUGCAUUUUUACUCGUGAAUAACACGCAAGUGCGCCUUGAUCUCAUCAGAUAUCUUUAUUUUGGAGUAAUUCAACAGUCUUUUUUGUUUGUUGAACGAGAGGGAUUUUAUCAAAGAUGUGCGACUGCAAUAAUCGGCAAAAGAAACCACACGCGCGCUAACACAGCCUUCAGUGGAAACCGGAGGAUUGUGUAGGCUGCUACUUGCCUACGAAUGCAAGGUUUUGUGAAUCCUGCAGUCUAGCUACAUUGCAUGGGGAAAACAAUUUGAAAUCGAAGUGGAAAAGAAUUACACCACUGCCAUGGACCUCAAAGAUUUUUACCUGUUGGCCGCUCUGGUCGCCUGCUUUUGGUUAGAUCCUGCUAUAGCCCAAGAGCUGAUCUACCCUAUUAGAGAAGAGCUGCAAGAAAACGUUCUCAUUGGAAACAUACCAAAGGAUCUGAACAUUUCCCAUACAAAUGCUGCAACUGGAACAAGCGCUAAUCUGGUUUAUAGGCUGGUUUCAAAAGCUGGAGAUAAACCUUUACUCAGAGUUUUAAGCAGUACUGGGGAAAUUUUUACAACUUCGAACCGGAUCGACAGGGAGAAACUCUGUCCUGGUCCCUCCUAUGAGGAAAAUGAAUGCUCUUUUGAGAUUGAGGUGGUCAUCCUGCCAAACGAUUAUUUCAGACUGAUUAAAAUUAAAAUAAUCGUAAAGGACACUAAUGACAAUGCCCCCAUGUUUCCAUCUCCGGUUAUAAACAUCUCCAUCCCAGAGAACACUAUAAUUAAUAGUCGCUUUGCCAUUCCCUCAGCCACUGACCCAGACACCGGCUUUAACAGCGUGCAGCACUAUGAGCUGGUGAAUGGGCAGAGCGCCUUUGGGCUGGACAUCGUAGAAACACCGGAGGGGGAGAAGUGGCCCCAGCUGAUUGUACAGCAGAACUUAGACAGGGAACAGAAAGACACCUACGUGAUGAAGGUUAAGGUGGAAGAUGGGGGCAACCCCCAAAAGUCCAGCACCGCUAUCCUGCAGGUCACGGUUACUGAUGUGAAUGACAACAGACCGGUUUUUAAAGAGAACCAGAUCGAGGUCCACAUUCCGGAGAAUUCCCCUGUAGGGACGUCUGUGGUGCAGCUGCAAGCCACAGACGCAGACGUGGGGCCCAAUGCUGAUAUCAGAUAUGUCUUUGGUACCCAGGUUUCUCCCGCUACUAAAAGACUUUUUGCAUUAAACUCCACCACCGGUCUUAUAAAAGUACAGCAGCCUCUAGACAGAGAGGAAACUGCCAUUCACAAGCUGACAGUGCUCGCCAGCGAUGGCAGUUCAAGUCCGGCCAGAGCUACUGUAACUAUCAAUGUGACAGAUGUGAAUGACAAUCCUCCUAACAUAGACCUGAGAUACAUUAUCAGUCCCAUUAAUGGCACAGUUUUCCUAUCGGAAAAAGAUCCCAUUAAUACAAAGAUUGCUCUGAUCACAGUGUCUGAUAAAGACACAGAUGUCAAUGGUAAAGUGAUUUGCUUUAUUGAAAAGGAUGUCCCCUUCCACCUAAAAGCAGUUUAUGACAACCAGUACCUUUUAGAGACUUCUGCACUACUCGAUUACGAGGGCACCAAAGAAUACAUCUUUAAAAUUGUAGCCUCCGACUCCGGCAAACCGAGCCUAAAUCAGACAGCUUUGGUCAGAGUGAAGCUGGAGGAUGAGAACGACAACCCUCCCAUUUUUAGUCAGCCUGUAAUCGAGUUGGCAGUGAUGGAGAACAAUAAACGGGGUUUGUUCCUCACCACUAUCACCGCUACAGAUGAGGACAGCGGAAAGAACGCAGAGAUAGUUUACCAGCUGGGACCCAACGCCUCUUUCUUUGACUUGGAUCGUAAAACGGGGGUGUUAACGGCUUCCAGAGUUUUCGACAGAGAGGAGCAGGACAGAUUCCUUUUCACGGUGACGGCGAGAGACAAUGGGACCCCCCCACUCCAAAGCCAGGCAGCCGUAAUUGUCACCAUUCAGGACGAGAACGAUAACAGCCCCAAGUUCACCCACAACCACUUCCAGUUUUACGUGUCGGAGAACCUACCAAAGGACAGCACAGUCGGCGUCAUCACCGUCACGGACGCAGAUGCAGGGGAGAACGCAGCUGUGACUCUCUCCAUAAUGAGCGAUAAUGAAAACUUUAUUCUGGAUCCAUACUCUGGAGUUAUAAAGUCCAAUGUUUCCUUUGACAGAGAGCAGCAGAGCUCCUACACCUUUGAUGUCCGAGCUGUGGACAGUGGACAGCCCCCAUGCUCCUCGGCUGCCAAGGUGACUAUAAAUGUCAUGGAUGUCAAUGACAACACCCCUGUGGUCAUCUAUCCCCCAUCUAACACAUCCUUCAAGUUGGUUCCCCUCUCUGCUAUUCCAGGGUCUGUAGUCGCAGAGGUCUUUGCGGUAGAUGGUGACACAGAAAUGAAUGCAGAGCUUAAGUACACCAUUUUGAGUGGCAACAGCAAAGGCUUGUUUAGGAUCGACCCUGUGACUGGCAACAUUACGCUUGAGGAGAAGCCGACCGCUCUCGACAUUGGGCUUCAUCGGCUGGUGGUCAACAUCAGUGACCUGGGUUACCCCAAAUCCUUGCACACUUUGGUCCUUGUGUUUCUGUUUGUUAAUGACACUGUGGGCAAUGCCAGCUAUGUGUAUGACCUCAUCCGCCGGACAAUGGAGACCCCUUUGGACAGAACCAUCGAUGAGAGCGACAAGACCUAUCAGAACGGGGACUACUUGACGAUCAUGAUUGCCAUAGUGGCAGGGGCCAUGGUGGUGGUUGUGGUGAUAUUCGUCACCGUGCUGGUGCGCUGCCGCCACGCCUCCAGGUUUAAGGCGGCACAGCGGAAGAAACAAGGGGCCGAGUGGAUGUCCCCGAACCAGGAGAACAAGCAGAACAAGAAGAAGAAGCGAAAGAAAAGGAAGUCGCCCAAGAACUCUCUGCUGAAUUUUGUCACCAUCGAGGAGACCAAGCCCGACGACCCCGUGCACGAGCCCAUUAACGGCACCAUCAGCCUCCCCGCGGAGCUGGAAGAGCAGGGCAUCGGACGCUUUGACUGGAGCACUGCCCCAACAACCACCUUUAAACCCAACAGCCCUGACCUGGCCCGGCACUACAAGUCCGCCUCGCCACAGUCGGCCUUCCACCUCAAGGCCGACACCCCGGUCUCGGUGAAAAAGCACCACGUCAUUCAGGAGCUCCCCCUGGACAACACCUUUGUCGGGGGCUGUGACACCCUGUCCAAGCGGUCGUCCACUAGUUCAGACCACUUCAGUGCCUCGGAGUGCAGUUCCCAAGGAGGGUUCAAGACAAAGGGGUCCAUGCACACCAGACAGGGAACUUUACCCCGGGCCCGAACUGAACUGAAUCCUGAAUAUCUGGACCUCAGAUCCCGGGCCGAGCUGAAUCCAGAAUACUGGACCCCGUGCACACCCCUAUCGCAGCGGCGUGUAACGUUUCACCUGCCUGACGGUUCCCAGGAAAGCUGCAGUGACAGUGGUCUGGGGGACCACGAGCCCGCGUGCAGCGGAGCGCUCCUCUCACACCCUCUCCCUCUGGUUCAGCCGCAGGACGAGUUCUACGAACAGGCCUCCCCCGACAAGCGGACCGAAGCCGACGGCAACUCUGAUCCCAACUCCGAUGGACCUCUUGGACCCAGAGGACUAGUGGAAGCCACGGAGAUGUGCACCCAAGAAUGCCUGGUGCUGGGCCACUCCGAUAACUGUUGGAUGCCACCCAGUCUGGGGACUUACCAGCAGCCCAAGUCCCCAGUGUCCACCUUCUCGAGCCAGAAGGAGUGGGUUAAAGACAAACUGCUGAAUGGCCACACACUUAGCAGAACCUGGAAAAGCGAUGGCAACCGGGACAAGUGCGUGGACAGGAAGCAGUUUGGGAGUGCUGAAGGACAAUUCAACACAACCGGUCACAUGACAGACAUUCCGUUGGCUAGCCUGAAAUCCUACAAAGAGGCCUCUGGGAUGGAUAGUCCAAAGGAGCAGCAGUUAUAAAAGAAGCUUUGCUGACGACAUCUGCCAGGCAUCGCCGGUCUUUACAGCUUUUUAUUUAGACUGACGCUACUGCUAUGUGAAAGUUAACAUGUACCAAGUAGGUCUCUAGAUGUGUGCUUUUUGCAGGAAGUAUACUGUACAAUUUUACUUUAUGUUGCCACCACAGAUGGCAAUUUGCAAAACUCUACAGCACUGGUUUUUGAUUAUUAAUUCAUGUUAAUAUCCAGAGACUCACAGAAAGCUCUGAUUUAUCAGUACCUCUUGUGUACUCCACCUCCAAUGAAAUAAAGGCUUUUCAGAAAAAAAUAUUAACAAUAAAGAAAAAAUGGAAUUCAUAUAUUUAAAUAGUUUAAAUAAUGGAGAUAUUAUGGCUGACCAAUAUAUACAAAUACUGUGACGUGGUUGUUAUUGAGCUGUUUUGGGACUAUAUUAAUCAACACCAUCAAAGAAAAUGGAAUUACAAUUAAGAAAGCGUUGUGCUAUCAAAGCUGUUAGUGGACACUUGUUUAGUCUGUCAUCGUUAAAGUGUUUGUAAAUAGGACAAAUUAAUACUAACCAAUUUUGUGUACUUGUAAUAAUCACAUGGAAUAGGACAGUGUUUCAU